AUGAUUGAAAAGGAGAUUACAGAUACUCUUCCUUCUUCUUCUUCUUCUUCUUCUUCUUCUUCUUCAUCUUCUUCAUCAACAUCCUCUCCACCACCUCCUCUAAAAGUAACCGAUACUAGUACGAGUACCAAUGAACCAAAAUCAUCAUCACCAGCAACAAACAAUGAAGUUGCUGUUGUGACACCAUCAACAUCAUCUGAUGUAGACAUGAAAAAACAGUCUUCACCAGAUAAUAAUAAUAUUGUUAUUGUCAAUCAAAGUAAUAGUAGUAGUAAUAAUAAUAGUCCUGCCAUUGCACCAGUAUCAACUACGACAGCUACAACUACGACAACAACAAAUACACCACCACCAACAACCAAGAUUUCAAAAGAUAUAGAUUACAGUAAAUAUUUUAGAGAUAUUGAUAUGUCAAUCAGAGGUGAUGUGUCACCGAAAAAGGCAAUACAACAAAUCACUCAGCUCAUUACAACCAACUCUGUAACAUUGCUCAACAAUUUGGUACAAAAUGGUGGUAGUCCCUCUCAACAACUACCAACAAACAACUCUGAACUCAAUCAAUUCUUGAUGUAUAUUCCAAGAUACAUCUUGUCAGUACUUUGUGUUAAAAAUGUUACACCAGAUCUUUUAAAUACAAUUGGAGAUUUUUUAAAGGCCUCCAUUGAAUUGGCCAUUGAUACAAUUCAUUUUGAUAUUCCUGAUAUGUGGUCUUCGAUCAACCGUAUUCUAAGCCCAGGUCAUCAUUUUUAUAAAUUGGAUUUUGGUACAAAAGAAACAAAAGAACAUUCAACUUUAAAAAAACCACAAGAUGUACAAUCCAAUUUUUAUUAUACUAUAUUGUUAUUAUUGGCUGAAAGAAAUUUAUUUGAUCAUAUCUUAUCCCUAACAUCAACUAAACCACCAUUAUCAAAAUUAAGAGUUAUAUUAAAAACUUUGGUCACUAUUAGAGAAUAUAUAUUACCAAGUUUUUUAAAUGAAUAUGUACAAAAAGUAAAGGAUGUAGUAUUUGUAUACUUUUUAGAUAUAUUCUUUGAAGAUUUACCUGGCAAUGAUAAGGAAUCAUUCAAGGAUAUUUGUCACUCUAUACAACAAUUAUUGGCAAUCGUUAUGGCACAGAGUGAGAUUUCAUCCAUCUUUCAAGAGUUUGAUCUCAACCGUGCUUUAAAGUGUUUCCAAAGUUCAAAUCUUGAAAGAAAGUUGCGAGGACUUCGUUUCAUUAAAAAGUCUGCAAAAUGGGUCAACAAGGAUCAAGGUGGCAAAGGAUUUGGUCUUUCAAACUUUCUCAAAAAACAAAAAUCAAAUUCCUCAAAAAAUAACAAAGAAGAUGCUAUGAAUUCUAGUACUGGAAUGACCAAUAAUAAUAAUAAUAGUAAUAAUAAUAAUAAUGGUAAUGGACAACAACAACAGCAACAACAACAACAACCUCCAAUUGAUCAACAAUUACUUUUAAAUUGGGUUUUAAAGAAUGAAAUAGUUGAAAACUUUUGUAAAAUUAGUGAUCAACCAGAUAUUAUGACAAAUGGUAUUCAUAUUAUGAUCUUUCUUUGUCAUUCUGGUAAAUUGGAAAAUCAUCAUUUAGAAUUAUUAUGGAAUUCUUCAAUUGGAAAACAUGAAUCUGUAAAAAAUAUAAUUUACAUGUCAAUUUUAGAAUUGGUUGGCCAUUUAAAUAUUAAACAAUUGGAUUAUUUCUAUGAAUAUUUUAACAAGACUUUGAUCAAUAGUCUCAAAGCAUCAGAUUUUGACAAUGAACUUUUAAACUUUAUCUUUAACUUUUCGAGAAUCUCGAUUCAACAUCAAGAAAAUAUUCUCACCUUGAAGAAAUGUUAUGGUGUCGAUAUAUUUUGGAGAUUAAUUCAAGAUAAUGAUAGUCAAAUCGCUGAUCAAUAUACUCAAACUCUUUGUACAAAAUCAAAAUCUUAUUUAAUUUCAUUAUUAAAAUUACAAGAAUGUAUUGGUUUAAGAACACAAUAUAUUGAUCUUGCAAUUGAAAAUAUAAAGAAUAAUGUAUCAGUAGUACAAUCAUUAUCAUUGAUUGUAAAUAUAGUAGAAUUGUUUGUAGCAAAAAAACUGCGAUCGGUCAUCGAGUCGCUCGAACAAAAGAGUAAAAUCUUUGAUAUCUUUUUCAAGGAGAUGGCAGCCUAUAAAAAGACUGUCAGUGCCAAGGUUAAAGGUACUCUUCACGCCACCCCAGUCAAUCAGACCGUGUUUUGUGGUCUGUUUCCCCAUCUCUAUCAAAUCCAAGCUAGAUUUGAUUUUCUCGAAUUCCUCUUGUCACAAUCGUCGAUCAUGUUGAAUGUGCAACAAGUCGAUGUCAUGUGGGACGCAUUUGUCACUCAUCAUCUCACCGAAGAAGAGAGCGAGAUAUUCUUUUCGUGGCUCAAGAGCACGCGUAUCGCUGGACGUGAUCGCGUUGCAUUCCACGAGAAUGUAGUCAAAUACCUCUUUAUCGAAAAGAUGUCUUCACUCGACUGGACAUCUCUCACUCCCACUUCCUAUGCUGUAUUUGAAAGAUACUUUUUCUACAUCAAUGAUAAGAGUGGUAAACUUAAAAAGGCAACAUCUCUAUUUGGUGAUAGUAUCUUUUCAAUUAAUGGUAAUAAUAAUAAUGUAAAUAAUAAUAAUAAUAAUAAUACUCUACAAGUUCCACAACAACAGCAACAACAACCACCACAGCAACAACAACAAAAUGGACAAAAUGGACAAACUCAAAAUGGUCAACAAAAGAAUAAUAAUUCACCAUCGCCUUCUCCAUCUCCAAUGACUUCACCAAAUAUUCAAUCGGCGACUGCACCACCAUCACCUCAAUUAUCAGGUUUAUCGUCAAUUACACCAUCUGGCAUACCAAUUGCAACUGGAAGUGGAAACAAUGAUUAUGUACCAAGCGACUAUUACAUUGUUUCGCUUGAUUUGGUUGGAGUUGCUCAUUUAUGGUCGAUAGCACUUACCUCACUGAAUAGUGAGGUCAGCAUCAAUGCAAUCAAUACACUCAACAUUCUCUACCAGAAUGGAGAGAAUCCCAAAUCGAUCAAGUUCAAAGAGGAAUACUUUAGAAUUUGCAUGGACAAUAUCACAAAGAGUCUAGAAACUGUCAAGGCGACAUCUUCCCACGACCGACGUGUAUCAUUUAGUUGUCAAGGUAACAUUAACCGUAUUUGUCGUUCAUUACAUAUGGUCAAGUUAUUUAUCAAUGAUCAAACCAAUGGUGGUAACAACAAUAACAAGAACGAACAUGCAAUAUCGAUACUAGCACCACAAUUUACAAGAGAUCAAUCACAACCUAUUUCAUUUUUGGUGAAAUUGGAUCGUGGUGAUGCAUAUAUUAUUUCGGAUAUUUCUGGUACUGAUACAAUGAGAAUGUUGAAGCGCAAGGUAGCCAAUAUCUAUGGACAACCCAAACCACCCGUUCGAUCGCUCAAGGUAUAUCUCGGUGACAAGGAGAUGAAAGAUGACGACAAGUGUCUUGACGAAUACAAAAUAUUUGAUUCAACUGGCCAACAACAAUACCCCAUCCUGGUCAAACGAACCAUUCAACCACAGCCACAACCACAACCACAAAAACCAGAAUCUAAAAAGAAAAAGGACGACAAGAACAAAAAAGAUGAUCCCUCUAAAAAGCAAGAAGACAAUGAUGUGAAUCAACAACUACUCGACGACGAUGAUGAUAUCGAUGUUUUGGAUGAUACACCAGUAGUUUCGAUGGUUUUGGAAUCACUUCAACACCAACUUGGUGGUUUUGGUUUGAUUGGUGAUGUGUUGCUUCGAAAGGUACAAGAACCAAAGUCUAGAAUAACCAAUGGAAAGACAAAGAUUGAUCAAUCACCUUCAUCGAUCCUCAUCUCAAAGCCAUCAAACUUUGAACAAAUAUUUAAUCUCUUGGACUUUGACAAUGAGAUUGCCGAGUAUGCUUGGAAUGUUCUCAGCGAUCUUCCAAUCAAUCCAAAGAUUCUAUCAGACAUUAAAUGUCUAAAAGAGGAAGUGUCCUCUCUUAUCCCAACCAAUGCUGGUAUCUACAAAACCAUCUACUAUCUUCGUGUACUCGAUAGUGUUUUUGGUGACAGUAACCCUACCACCACAUCUCUUGGUAGUGAUAUUCGAUCCGAUCCAAAUGGCCCACUUUCUCAAGAAGAUUUCAAAAAUAGAUUCAUCAAAAGCCGUGGAAUCAACUAUCUCACUCAAAUAGUUAUUGAUACUCCAAUUCAUUCUCAAAAGGGUAAUCUAAAGUUAUUUUAUCUUUUAUUAAAAAAUAUUUUUACUAUUGCUCUUAUAAAUACAAAUGAAAAAAGUAAUUAUGGUAUGAGUAAAUAUACAUUUAGAGGAGAGACUUCAUAUAUUUUGGAGGCACCUCAAUUUAUCACAAAGGUACAUCAAUUGGUAUCAUCAGUUUCAAAGUAUCAAUCAUUGAAUGAAAGUCUAGAUUUCAAUAUGGUUUGUCAGUAUGGUAUGGAGAUAUUGGCAGUCAGUGUAAAGAGUGCACCAAAGAAUCUAGAGAUGAAUCUAAACAACAAUAGUACCGAUUGGAAUGAGUGGAUCAAAGCUCUAUUGUUAGAGUGUGUUGACCCUCUUGUUCAAACAAAGGCAUCCAAUUUAAUAUUGAAUCUUACCAUUAGUAAUGAAUCAUCAUCUUCUUCUUCCUCUUCAUUGACCUCCAACUCUAAUGGAAAUAGUUUGACCUCUUCAACCACAUCUACCAACUCGCUGGGUGGUAAACAAGAUUCUAUCGAUAGAUCACUCUUCUUUUUGUCAAAGAUGUUGUCGUUCCUUCCUACCAUCAAUCAGUACUAUCAUACUGCCGAACAAUUCUUUUGUCUUUUAUCAGAGUUGCUAAAUAUUGGAUAUCCAACUUCUUCCCCAUCUCCUUCACCCAAACCAAAUCAUCACAAGAAUAAUGGUAUUGACAAUGCUGUAGUAACUGCCACUGACAGUGACUCUAGUACUACAGGUGAUGAUAAUGUAAGUGUUGAUUCACUCAAGAUUCCACAUACUCAUGGCGAUCGAAACGAGUCACUCAACUUUGUAAAGAGUCUGUUGUCCAAGUUGAUCACUGAAUUGAUCAAUAUGCCAAUCCGUGAGAUCAGCUCUACUCAACGCAAGGAUCAUAUCUUGGUGGGUAUCGUCAAUGUCAUUCGUAAUUUGGUGCGUAGACGUCCGUCACUCAAGAUUCUGUGCAAGGAAAAGAAUCUCAUCCAAAUCUUGUUUAAGAACUGUCUGUUCAAGACGCCCACUGCACAUGACCACGUACAAGGAAACGGUGUUGCCAUGCCGCCACUCUGCAAAACCAAAGAGUCGCGUCUUGCCUGCUUUAGACUGCUUCGUGAUCUCUCCAAGAAUGAUCCCAACAACUUCUUCCUCGUCGAGAGACUAAUCACAGAGGAGAUUGACCGUGUCGAUCCAAAUGGAGAUUGGAACUACAGUCCGGUUGACAAGGAAAAGACAAUGUACAACUAUGUCGGUCUCAAGAACCAAGGUGCCACCUGUUACAUGAACUCUUUGAUCCAACAACUCUACCACUCCACCGGUCUCAAACAAAGCUUGUUAAGCUUGAGUGUUCCAAAACCAAACUUUAACUCAUCACCAAAACAACAACUCGAGAACAAGACGGCUGAUGAAAAGAUGGGAGAGAUAUCGAUUACUUCACCACCAACAUCACCAACUCCACCACCAGUCAAAGAUCAACAACAACUAUUAAAGGAACUAAAGGAUCAACAACAAAAGGAAAUUCAACAAUUACAACAAUACCACAUGUUGACACAGAUCCAAUUGUUGUUUAUGUACUUGCAAGAGAGUACAAAGCGAUACUAUGAUCCUAUUGGAUUCUGUAAAUCAAUUGUAAACUAUGAUGGAACACCAAUCAACCUGGGCAUUCAAAUGGACGCAUACGAAUUCUUCCAUCUCUUCCUUGACAAGUUGGAAUUUGCCCUCAAGGACACCACAUUGGCAGGAUCAAAGACACUUCUCAAGGAUGCCUUUGGAGGUGUAUUGACCAACCAGUUUAUUCCCAAAAACUGUAGUCAUCGUUCACAUUGUGAAGAACCAUUCUACUCGAUUUCACUUGAAGUUAAAAACAAAAAAUCCCUUUUGGAAUCAUUGGAACUUUUCAUUCAAGAAGAAAGUCUAAAGGAUUAUAAAUGUGAACAAUGUAAUGAUCGUGUUGAAAUCACUAAAAGAUGUUUAGUCGAUAAAUUACCAAAUUCGUUAAUCCUUCAUCUUAAAAGAUUUGAAUAUGAUUUGGAAAAUAUGAGAAAUAUUAAAUUGAAUGAUUUUUGUGAAUUCCCAUUACAAUUAAAUAUGGCACCAUAUACAAAGGAAGUAGUAGAGAUGAGAGAAAAUGGAUCAUCUGAAUACUUUACAAUGGAUCAAUCCGAUUAUGUCUAUGACCUAAGUGGUAUUGUUUUACAUGCAGGUACUGCAGACUCUGGACAUUAUAUUACAUUGGUCAAAGAUGUCUAUGGCAAUUGGUUCGAGUUGAAUGAUACCUAUGUUCAACCAUACGAUUUCAGAAGAAUGCAAAGCGAUUGUUUUGGUGGCUACGAUGAAGUCAAGGAAUUUGACAAGGCUCAACAAAAGUAUGUACAAGUUCGUCGUCCAAAGAUCUGUAAUGCCUACAUGCUCUUUUACAACAAAACAGCUUCCUCUGCUGCCAAUCAACCUGGUCACCAUCGUACACCAUCCUUGCCAUCAACCAUCUCAAAGGAUAUCCUUGACACUGUUUGGAAUGAAAAUAGAGCAUUCCUCUUGGAAAAGUAUCUCUAUGAUUUGGACUUUGGUACAUUUGUUUGGGAUAUUGUUAAUCUUUAUCAUAAUCCAACUUUUGAUCAAAUUGUUCCUUAUCCUUCCCCUUAUAAUACAAUUAAUGAAUAUGAUGCAAUAUUAUCAAGUUUAAAGUUGGCAACAAAAUACUUUAUAGAAAUAUAUUCACAUUCAAAGGAAAAAGGAUUGAUUGAAGUAUGGGCAUACCAUCUAAAGAGAUUGAUGAGAGAUAGUCAACAAGGAACUGAAUGGUUCUUGAGAUACAUUGUGGAGAACCGUUCAAUUCUCAAGAGUAUCUUGUUGGGUUGUUACUUUGAAAAGACCCGACAUGUAUUUGUAGAUAUUAUCUCGUUUGCUGUUACACUUCGCAAGAAUACAGAAGAGAACAAGGAUACUCGUAUCCCAUCAAUCAUUGCACUCUUUAACUCGCUCAUUGAAUUGUGUAAAUUGUUCAAGGACUACCCAAGAAGAACCAUCCAACAAUUGUUUGCACUCUUUUUCAAUGUUGUGCAAUCACCAAUGGACAAGGAAAGAGAAUAUCUCUUGCAACGUGGUAUCAUCAGCAAGCUGAUCGAAUCCUUUAUUGGAUCCUACCCCAUUCCAACCUUUGGUAGUUCAACUUCCAACAACAAUACUGCAUCAUCCAAUACUACUAGCAAUAGCAGUAGCAACAGCAAUACUACAUCAUCAUCUAAUAGUGGAGGAUCAAUCUUUUCAACCAAUCCACUAAUGGGAACAAUGUCCAACAAUAGUAGUGGAAUCGGUAACUUUUCAUCUGGAAGUAGCGGUGGUGUCAGUAUGAUGAUGGAGAAUAACAAGAUGGUCGAUUUCCUCAGCUUCCUCAUUCGAUGCUGUCAACCUUCUUUGACUGCCACCCUCAUCCCAUCGCAGCUCAACAGCUACCCAGCUGAAAAGGAUAGAACCAAACCAGUUAUCCAUAUUAUAGCCGAUCCAAAUGCUAUACCAACCACCUCACCAUUUAGAUUUGGAGGAGUACCAACAACAAACCAACACUGUCUAGUAUUGAGUGACUCUACAUUGGUAUCUAUCUUUUCAAAGGCGUUCUUGGUCAAGAUCAUCAAAGAAUAUGGAUGGAACGAACACACCAAGAUCAUGCUCAAACAUCUCUGUUGGAACAACAAACUAUUCACCAGCAACAUUUUCUCCAUCACCAAGGAAAUCAUAUUAAAGUCAUCGGCCAAUGUCUAUCCAUUUAUCGUUCCAAUCCUCACAUGUCUUUUGGAGAUGCAAGACGGGCUUGCAGAAUGGCGUAUCGAGUCUAUGAUGGAUUCCCUCAUCAAAUUGCCAGACAGCAUGACCUAUCACACCGAUGGCAGAGAUUUAUUCAUCCGUUAUCUCGCAUCCAUCACUGGAAACACUAACAAUUAUUUCGGUGUCCCAAGACCCAUUUCAACCGAAGAAUUCCUUGCUUGGAAAUCAAAAUGUAAAGAAAAAAUUACCAAAACUUUAAAAGAAUAUUAUUAUAGAUAA